CAUCAUCAUCAUCAUCAAAAAUGGAGAUGAAUUUCAGCCAUCAUCAUCACCAUCAACGUUCGAAUUUUCGAACGCGAAGAAAAUCAAAUGAAAAUUCUAUCAACAACAACAAUCCGAUCUCAUUAUUAUCAAGAUUUGUUGUUAAAAUAGUGCCAUCAUCUUUUCAUCAUCAUCAUCAUCAUCGUCAUUUAUUUCUAUCAUUCAUCAUUAUAUUAUUCAAUGUUAUUCAUCAUCAUCAUCAUAUAAUGGUCACAAUGGCACAAACAUCAUCGUCUGGCCAUCCAUUAUAUAUUGAUCAAAAUUUUGGUGGUAAUGAAAAUGAAAUGGAUUUUGAUAUGAUGUUUGAUCCAUCAUAUACGAAUAAACCGUUGAAUGUUACUGUAAGAUCAAUGUCGACGACAUCAAUAUCGAUACAUUGGCAAUCACCAUAUGAAGAGCCACAAGGUUAUAAAAUAAAAUUUCGUUUGAAAGGAAAUAAAAAACAAGAAACCAUUGUAUUGGAUUCAUCUAAUUAUCAUCAUGAGCUUAAAAAUCUAGAAAAAGCAACUAGCUAUCAGAUAAAAUUGGCUGCAAUCUAUGGUAAUGAAACUGGACCAUUCACUGAAUGGUAUACAGUGGAAACAUUGCAACGAGAUUUAGAUGAAACACAAGUACCUGAUCAACCGGGUUCAUUACGAUUGAAACAGGAUCAUAGUUCAAUACAUUUAUCGUGGACACCGCCUAAAAAUCGAAAUAUUGUUGUUCGUGGCUAUACAAUCGGUUGGGGUGAAGGUGUACCAGAUCGAUGGACAUGGCGUGUACAAGGUGGUGAUCAACGAUCAUAUACCAUAGAAAAUGCAACCAUUUCAACUGAAUAUGUCAUUAGUUUACGUGCUUAUAAUCUACGUGGUGAAGGUCAACCAAUUUAUGAAACAAUCAAAAUAACAUUUGAUCCAGAUAAAGAUGAUCAAUUUGUAAUGUUGCCACCAAUUGGUCUGAAAACCACUGUUAUAUCAUCAUCGGCUAUCGUUUUGGAUUGGACAGAUGCUUCACGUGAUUCUUCGUCAUCAAUACAUCAAGACAAUCGUUUUUAUCUAAUCCGUUAUACAAAUAUUAUCCAUUCAAAUUCACCACGAUAUCGUUAUGCUAAUACUACAAAACGUACAUUUCUAGUUGAAGAUUUAAAACCAAAAACACAAUAUGAAUUUUCCGUUAAAGUGAUCAAAAAUAAACGUAAUAGUACAUGGAGUAUGACCGUAAUGAAUACCACACAUGAAGCUGUACCAUCAACACCGCCCAGAGAUUUAACUAUUGUACCAUCAUCAAAUGAUGAUCCAACAACAAUAAAUAUUCAUUGGCAGCCACCUAAACAACCGAAUGGUCAGAUUACUGGCUAUGUUAUAUUCUAUACACAGGACAAUACACAAGAAGAUCGUGAUUGGAUAGUAAAAGUUAUAUUUGGCGACAAAUUGAAUGCAAUGCUAAAUGGUUUACAAUCAUCCAGUGUUUAUUAUUUCAAAAUACAAGCCCGAAAUAAUAAAGGCUAUGGACCGUUAUCAUCUGAAGUUUCAUUUCGUACAUUACCGGCCACAAUGAAAACACAUACAACUAACGGUUCAGAUAUUCAAAUAAAUCUAUUCAGCUUGAUCAUCAUUAUUAUUUCAUGUAUAUCGAUCAUAUUUCUUAUUGGUAUAUUGAAAAUUUAUAUAUGUAAAAAUGAUAAAACAAACAAUGAAACAAUGGGAAAAAAUCGUAAAGGUUAUAUACCUACAGCCACUAGUCCUGGUGGUGGUGGUGGUGGUAAAAAUACAAAUUCUCGUAUGAUGAAUAAUAUUCGUAAUAAUAAUGCUGGCACUGGUGGUGGUGGUGGUAUGAUGGAAAAACCACCGGAUCUUUGGAUUCAUCAUAGUGAACAAGUUGAAAUGAAAUUAAUGGAUAAAAACAAUGGUGAUAAUGAUUCAAAUGGUGGUGCAUUAUCAGUAAAAAAUAAUAUUGAACAACCAUUUGCUAAAAUUAAAAAAACUAAUUCAACUUAUGGUAUGAAUACAGCAUUAUAUGAUGAUAUAAAUAGCAACAAAAGUCCAUCAUCACCUAUUGAUAAUAUUGGUAUGGCAACAAUGCGUCGAUCAUCAUCAAUAAGGCCAAAAACAUCGACUUGUAUGGAUCAUUCAUUAAUGAAUAUGAGUAUGAUGAAUAUGGAACCAUCAACUGGUCUAUCACGGCCAUUGUAUCCAAAAACCAAUCAAUUUAAUAUUGCACAUCCAAUGGAUACAAUGGAUUCAGCUAGUACAAUGGCAGCUCCCUUUCAUCACCAUCAUCAUCAUCAUCUUUAUGAUCCAGUACCAGGUUCUGGUGCUGGUGGUCAUAUUGCAUUGACUAAUCUACAUGAAAGUCAACUUGUUCACAGUGUGAAUUCAUCUAAUUCAUACAUGUCUUCGGGUAAUUCAUCAUCACCACAUUCAGUUAUUUCGAACAACACUGUAUUGACUAAUUCAUCUACCGGUACAUCAAACUUGACGAAUAGUUCAACCAGUCCACCAAAUACAUCGAUAUAUCUAUCGAAUAGUCGUCAACCACAGAAACCAUCAUCAUCGAUGAUGAUGGUACCUACAGCAGCAUCCGGUAAUGCUGUUUCACAUUCAGCACUUAAAAGUUUUGGUGUACCUACACCACCACCAGCGCUGCCUUCAUUAGCUACAUUGGGUGGGCUACAGAAUAAUUCACACAAUAGUUUUUAUAAUACUUCCUUAGCGUCUUUGGGUAGUCCUAGUAAAAAAUUUUUGCUUACCACAACGAAUAAUCUGAAUACCAAUAAUAACAUUUGUGGUAGUAAUUCUACAUUGGCUAGUAAUGGUAAAUCGGCUACAAAUUUCUCGGAUGAUCAUUCAAUUUCGGCAAGUUACAAUCCUGAUGAACUUCAUCAAGAAAUGGCCAAUCUAGAUAACCUGAUGAAAGAUUUGAAUGCUAUGAAACCGAAUAAUAAUAUAACAACAAUGCUAUGAACAUACAUGGAAUGGAAUCUUGUUGAACAAAAAAAAAAGGAAAAAAAAUUCGUUUGACCAUCGGAAAACGCGCAUCAUAUAAUUUUGUUUUUUUUCCCAUUCUCUUCAUUUCUAUAAAAUGGAUGAUUUAUUCAUAUUGUGUUCAUUUUUUAUUCAUUCAAAAUCCAAUUUUAUUUUGUACACA